UUCCAUUUUUCGUCUCCUUCCAAACACACACUUAAUCAAACUAGAUCUUAAUUGGUUUCCAGAAGGUCGGAUUUCCUCAAUCAAAUCCAAAUGUUCACAGAAGUCAGGAUUUCCUCCAUCAAAUCUUUGUUAUCUUUUGUUCCGAUUAUGUAUCAAGUGUUUUCAUUACAAACAACCAAAAUUCUCCUCCCAAAAAUUGUGUACGUAUCAAAACGCUUGCCACUGUUUCUAUAAAAUCUCUUUCUUCUCGCCCAUUUCCACACGGUACUCACUCACUUCCUCAAAGCGAAACACACACACACACACACACGCACGCACGCAUACUGAAUCAGAUUCAGAGCUCGGAAUCAGAAGCAGAUUGAAAGUAGAAAGGAAGAGACAGAGAGUUGAGAGAGCAGAAAGGAGAGAUAUGAGUCAAAGAAAUGCGAGAACCAAGUCUUGCAAGAGUUGCCUAUCAUCUGCUCGACAAAAUGCCUCUACUGCUGACCCUGACAUUUUCAGCACUCUGCCGGACUCUCUCCUCACCCACAUCCUCUCCCAUCUCUCAAUCCGAGAAUCUGUCGCCACAAGCAUUUUGUCGAGCAGGUGGAGGACUCUAUGGACUCUCGUUCCACAACUUCACUUAAUAGAAACAGACUUAAACCGGCCCAAUCUUAACUUGAGCUUCGUGGAUAUAGUGUCCAGAAUAUGGACUCUUCGCAACGCCAUUACCAAUCCCAUGCCUCUCCACACGUUGAGCAUCGUUUGGCUCACACAUUGUCAUCCCUUCUAUGUCGACACAUGGGUCCGCGCCGCCAUUCCACAUGGUUUGAAAGAGCUUUGUCUAAAUAUUUGCAAUGACACUCUGCUAGAGUUUCCCCGCAGUGUCUUCUUUUCUACAACAUUAGUAGCUCUCAAAUUGGCAGGCAACUUUUCUCUCAAUCCACCUUCUGAUGCUAGGUUCCCAAGUCUAAGGAUUCUACAUCUUGCACUUUUAAAUUAUGCAAACUCUGAAUCUUUGUCUGCCAUCCUUACUGCCUGCCCUGUCCUCCAAGAUUUGUGCCUCUAUGUGUUUUUGCGUAAAGAUCAAGGCAACUUCAACAUCGUUGUACAAGUACCCACACUCAAAAGAAUGUAUUUAUGUUGCUUUAAUUAUAAUUUUCAGUCUUCAUCAUUCAAAGUCCACAUAAACACCCCGGCUCUCGAGUACUUAAUUUUCAAGGGUCAUUUGGUCGAGGAUGUUGUAUUUGAAAACCUCUCUCACUUGGUUGCAUUAGUCCUUCAAGUUGAGAUAGUUAAUGGUGUUAGUACUGAAGAUGAUGCAAAGAGGGUAUGGGACUUGAUUCGACCACUUGCUCAUGUCAAAUCCUUGAGUUUGUCCACAAAAACCACAGAGAUCCUCUGCCAUGCUUUUGGUGACAAUGUUCCCAUGUUUCAUAAUUUGUUCUCGUUGAAGUUCAAUGGAUGUCUUUAUUUUGAGUGGCAUGCAAUACGAUUCUUGCUUGGACGGGCUCCAAAGCUACAGAUACUUGCCUUUGAAUCGUGCCCUGAACAUUCCUAUGGCCAGCCCACACCUGACAGUUCUUGGGAGGAGCCACUGGAUGUUCCUGAAUGUCUGUCAUCGCACCUAACAACCUGUCAUUAUAAAGGAUUUUUAGGGGAUAAAGACGAGAUGCAACUUGUUAGGCAAAUCUUAAAGGUGGCAAGAGUAUUAAAGACAUUGAAAAUAACUGUUGAUGGUCAUCUAGAAUCAGAGGAGAAGCUUCGCGUUCGCGAGGCAUUAAGCACGAUAGUACAGAAGUUCCCAAAGAGCUCUCAAACUUGUGAAAUUGCAUUUGAUGAACGAGCUGUGUUGUGAUAAUGCUAGGAUACUCAUCUUGUGUAUAAAUUCUUACCGUGAGAUGGGUGGACCCUAACCAUUGAUCUGGGCAUUACUCACCUUGAAAUUGAGCUGGACUAUCUAGCAGUAGUGGUUCAACUUUUGAAAUUAAUCAUUGUUUCCAUGCCUUUUUUUAGUUUGAUUUGGGUUGUGUGCUAAUGGCUAAUGCAGAAACUUGAACAUUUCUGUGUCCAACAUGUUUAAACAGAAGUUAAUGGCUUUUCAGUUA